UCAAAGACUAAACAAAAGAAAACAAAAAAUUUGUAACUUUUCCUUUCCACGUCAUUUUACAUGAAAUCGUAGAAAAACAAUUGAUUUCAUUGAAUUCCAUCGUUCCAAAAUACCAACCAGUUGUGUGUUUCGAAAGCAAAGACUGCAGUCUCUGCUAUGUGCCUACGAUAGGGAAGAGUUUUGUUUUUGGUUUCGCGCUACGAGCAUACCAUCUCACCCUACCGUGAAGCGACGGCAGCAGCGAUUCAUCUCCAGUGGCCGUGGGGAAAAAUUAAUGGAUGUUUUGAUUGGUGCUGUCGCAGUAGGGCUAUUAUGCGAUGCAAUCAAGGGCAAGACGUCGAUACGGUGCUGACGAUACGGGUGACUCAUUCGCUGUAAUUACAAUCGGUUCGGACGGACCUACCAACAGCCACCAGCGCGUAGAAGACAUCCCCGAAAAACCCAAAUAUCCGCAGCCGAACUCAGCCACCAGCUGGUUACCAUCGAUAUCGCAGCGAAUCUUUGCUUCCGUUGCACCUGCCCCAUCGAACCCGGAACCACGUAACGCUUGGCACGACCGGGUGCCACCCAAGCAGCAAGGUACAGGAGGAUAUUGGACGGGUAACGGAGCCAGCUCAUCAGCGGUUGCGGACGACGACGACGAGGACACAUCGCUCGGAAAGGAUAGUUUGAUACCGGAGUUCACGAUGACCGCAAGGGACCGUUCGGGGGAGUUUGCGAGCGCAAUCCGCUCGCUGCAGGGACGCAACAUACAGCGGGCCGUAAAUCUGAAGGACCCGCGGAAGGCGAAACACAUGCAAAGCUAUUCCGAAUUUAUGAUGAUUGCCAAACACAUUGGCAAAAACAUUGCCAGCACGUAUACCAAGCUGGAAAAGUUAACGCUGUUGGCAAAGAAAAAGACGCUGUUCGACGACCGACCGGCAGAGAUUCAGGAGCUGACGUACAUUAUCAAGGGUGAUCUAAACUCGCUCAAUCAGCAAAUUGCCCGGCUGCAGGAAGUCUCGAAAUCGCAACGAAGGUCCACAAACGGCAAACAUUUGCUCUCACAUUCCUCCAACAUGGUUGUCGCGUUGCAAGCCAAGCUGGCCAACAUGAGUUCCGACUUUAAGCAGGUGCUUGAGGUACGGACGGAAAACUUGAAGCAGCAGAAAACUCGACGCGAUCAGUUCAGUCAAGGUCCAAUGGCGGGUGGAUUGCCUCCCUCGACGAUGCGAGGCUCAACGCAAGGAAGCUUGCUGCUGCAGGAACAGCAGGAUCAGGUCUGCAUCGAUAUGGGAGGAUCGUCUGCGGCCGGUGGUUCCAGCUCGGAGCGGGCACCACUAUUACAGCAGCAGCAACAGCUCGUACUGUACGACGAAUCGGACAGCUACGUGCAGGAACGGGCCGAAACGAUGCAAAACAUCGAAAGCACGAUCGUGGAACUGGGUGGCAUCUUUCAGCAGCUAGCGCAUAUGGUUAAGGAGCAGGAGGAGAUGGUGGAACGGAUCGAUAGCAAUCUGCAGGACGUCGAGCUGAACGUGGAGGCGGCACAUGGGGAAAUUCUCAAGUACUUCCAAUCCGUCACCAAGAACCGCUGGCUAAUGAUCAAGAUCUUUGGCGUGCUGAUAUUGUUUUUCAUCUUUUUCGUUAUCUUCCUGGCGUAGGGUUUCUAGCCCAGUUUCCAUAUUAUUUUCCUGCCUUCCUGCUUGUCACGGUUAUUCCCCUUAGUUUCCCGUGAUGUAGAGUUUAUUUUUACUCUCGAUGCAAAUGUAACGGAUGUAAUCCCCCUUUUUUCCCCGCUCAAACUAGAAAAAUCACCCCCGCCGCAUGGAAGGGAAUGAAUUCUUGUUGUUCUCUACCCUAGUUAUACGUUUUACUUUUGCCAAAUUUUAACGAAUAUUGCUUCUGUGUCUGCUUGGGACGGCCGAUGAAGCUAGGAAAGGAAACGACGACGGUGGAAGAAACACGGAUCUGCUUAGGGGAACGGGGUAAGGGUAUGAAGAAUUUUGUAUUAUUAAAUCAAUUGUUUGUAUAUAACACGGAACACAGAACUUGUAAUACGUUGUCCUACGGGAGCAAAAAAUAAAUGCAUAUAAUAAUUUUAAACGAAA